GUUUUGUGUCUAUUUGAUUAAAAUUAUUAUGAUACUCAAAUAUAUUUAUUAAUUUUUAUUCUAUCAAAAGUGCAGUGAUAGUUAUCUUCGUUAUUUCAGUUCAGAACAAAUAAAGAAUUUUUCAGAAAACUUAACCUUAAAAAAUUAGACGCUGUCAAACAAGAAUUAGGAAAAGAUUUGAUUAUAUUUGGAAGAAAAUGGUUAUUUCAUAGCACAAAAACCUCAACAAAUAUAAUGUGGCCUUUGCUACUUGAUAUGACUAAAGAAGAAUCAGUCCAAAACUUAAGAAACUUGGAACUUGAAGCUUACUCCCAACUUGUUUCUGCUUUACGAGCACAAGGCUACCCUAAUGCAGAUAAACUUAAAUUAUUAAAAGACACUGGUUAUCUUUUAAAUAUCUCUUUAGAUAGGCAUAAAGCUGAAGUAAGGAGAGCCAUUAGUGAUGAAAAAUUAAAUACUAUUGCAUAUCAUAUGACAGGUCAUACAGCAUCCCGUGAAGAUUGGGCAAAGGAAGGCCAAAGGCUAGUACCUCUUUUGACAAGAGAAGCUCCCCAAACUCUGUAUUCUUUAGUCGCCAAUGAUGCCUCUGAGAGCGCUAGUCAAUGUAAUAAAUUACUUCCCCCACCAGCUAGCACAGAACGAAAAAGACCAGUUGUUUCCCCUGUGACGGCACUUGCAACUCCAGAGACUAGCAAAACUAUACCAUUUAUGAAACAAGAAGAGAAUGUAAGUAAGAAACGAAAGCUAAUGGUUCCGGAAAAUACAAAUAUAAAUCAGAAUGUGUUGGGUCCUAAGUUAUGUAGGAUACAGCAAGUGUACAGGCAACGAACGAAACUAAAACCAAAAGAAAUUGUUAAAAAAGUAGACCAUGAACAUUCUGAGUUGGUUCAACACAGAAUGAUCCACCCGGGAUCAAUCCACUCAUUUUCGCAGUCUCAUACAGGCUUAAGUUCAUCCUCACAAUCUUCACAGUCACAAUUUGUAAACCAAAGAAUACACAUUCUCCAAAACAUUAGUUUGCAAUCGGUCAAAGAAGAAUUACCCGAUGAAGAACUGACUGAUGGCAAUAAUUCUGAAACACCGGAACACUCCAUAGUUCCACAAGUACCGUUGUGUUCCAAUGAAAACCAGGCACCCAAGCCUAAAGUAAUAACGACCGUCAAGCCCAACGCUAGCAUUACAGUUAAACAAGUGUCACCCCAAACCGCGGGCCCCAGCACUGAACCUCAGAAAUGCAUAAAAAUUACACCUAAAACGCCUAUAACGAAAACUGUUAACUCUGGUCAAAAAUUAAUUGUAGUAUCUAAUGCCCAAACGAUACCUUCCAACAGUAUUUUACAAAGGACACUUCAAAUUCCCUUCGUUAAAAAUAUAUCCAUAAAAAAAUUAGAUAAAUUUAAAAUUGUUACCAGCAAUUCUACCUCAACAAAUUUACAUUUAACUAAUGUAACCAAUUCCGGAGCCAAUUCUGUUAAACAUAAAGUUGUGACAGUCAAAACUAAUCCAGCUACUAAAAAAGUUAUUCCUCUUUCCCAAUUACAAGUAAUGAGCUCCAAGGGUAGUAUUAAAGUAGUGCCUCUAGGAGGUAAAAUUGUAGGGAAGUCAAUGUCUGGUACUUCAUCGCCUCUCUACAUUGUGAAUUCAACUCAAGUAUCUAAAUCUACGACUACACCGACUAUUACUACAAGCAAAUUACAAAUGGAAAAACCUGAUGUUAAAUUAGAGGAAUCAGGAGCUGAAAUUGGUAGUAGCGCGUCCACGACCACAACAAUCUGUAAUAGAGAGAAUGGAAAAUCAUCUGUUUUGGAAGAUAUUCUUAAAGCAUCGGGUGUAAUAGCUGAAGAAAAUGCCGUAGAGGAUUAUGAUUCAAAAAUUGCAGAGUUCCAUAUUUCUCAAAAUAAAGGGGGGAGUGAAAACGAGAGUGAUCAAUUAGAGGAAAUAGAUAUAUGUGAAAGUAAUGUGGAAUGUACUUCAAUAACAGAUGACAAAAUCCAAGAAGACUGUAUAAGUAAUGAUAUUGAACAAAAUAUAAAAGUGGAAGAAAAGAUGGAGUUCGAUGUAAAUGAAAUAGCCGAAUUUGAAAAUUCUCUAAGUCUUACCUCCCACUUAUCUGAAGAAAUAACAACCGAAGAAGUUCCUUUAGACGUUUUAAUGGAUGUUGAAGUAUCGAAAAUUAGUGAUACCGAGUGCAACUGAUAUUUAUUUAAUUUGUAAUUUAACUUAUGUACAUUUAUUCCCUUUUUGUAUAUUUUGUAUGUUUGCUAGGCAUUGUUGUUUUAUUUAAAUCUAAAUCAGUUUUCCUCUUGGGCUGUUUAGAAAAUUAAAGGUUUGCUC